AUGCUCCUCUCGCACAUCCUCCCAUCGCUCGCCCUCUACGCCAUCGCAAAGGCUGCUCCGUCGCCCCUGCAAGCCCGUCAAGAGCGCGUCGAGCACAUCAAAUGGACCAGCUGCGGAAGCAUCCAGGGGUUAGAUAUCCAGUGCGGGACUCUGGCAGUGCCGCUCGAUUAUACCGAUCCUGCAUCAAACAGAACCCUCAAAUUGGUGUUGCGCAAAAUACCUGCUGCGAAUGCCCCUUCGAAAGGCAGCAUUCUGCUGAACUAUGUGGGCCCUGGGCUGAGUGGUCUCGAAGGCUUAUCGAUCUUCGGACCGCAGCAGUUGAAUAUUACAGGAGGGAACCACGAUCUGAUCGCCUUCGACCCCAGAGGAACCGGCAAUGACAGCUUGCGAUUCACCUGCUACGACACCGAACAGGAGCGAGUCCUCGCACAGCUGAACGACAGGCCGCUCUUCAACUCAUCAGACGUCGCGCCGGGCGAAGCCUGGGGACUCGGAAGGCUCCUAGCGAACGACUGUGGCAAGGCACAGAAUCAGACUGGCGAGCUUGUUGGUACAGCAUUUACGGCUCGCGAUAUGAUGGCGAUUGUGGAUGCCCUGGACGAGGAUGGCUUGCUUCGGUAUUGGGGCCUGAGUUACGGUACGAUUCUCGGAGCCACCGUCGCCAAGCUCUUCCCAGGAAGGAUGGACGCGAUCAUCCUCGAUGGCGUCGUGAAUGUUCGCGAAUACUACCAGGGCUCCGAGACAAUCGAAGGCUUCACGGACGCAGAAGCAACCUUCGAUAUCUUCCUCGACGCCUGCAUCGCAAACCCCGUCCAGUGCCCUCUCGCCCGCAACAGAACCUCGUCACAACUCAAGAACGCCAUUUUCGCGCGUCUGGAACACAUCAAAGCCCACCCGCUGCCGCUGCUUCAGCAGAAACUUCUCCUGAACUACGCCACGGUCAAGAGCCUCAUCUAUAACAAUCUAUGGUUCCCGAGUCUCUGGCCUAGCUUCUCCAUGACACUCGACGCCCUGCUCACCAACAACGUCACUGCUUUCGAAAAGGCUUUCGAGUCGCAGCUGGGACUACUAGGAGUAGGCUUCGGCACCGAGUCCCGCUACGGCGUCGAGUGCAGCGACAUCCUGACGAGGAAUCCCGUGCUGUUCAUCGGGAAUUCGGUCGAUCCUACCACGCCCUUGGUCUCGGCGUGGAAUGUUAGUGCUGGGUUUAGGGGGAGCGUUGUGCUUCGGCAGGAUGGGGUUGGGCAUACGUCUUUGGCGCAAGCUUCGGUGUGCACGUCGAAUGCGAUCGCGGCAUACUUCAACCACGGCUCACUUCCUGCGCCGGGCACCGUGUGUCCCGUGGACGUGGGUACAUGGUCAUCGUGA